AAAACAAGCAGCAGACCAACAUAUAAAAAGGAACGGCACCAAUACCAAAUCCGCAUCCAGACACAAUGUGGUUCCUACUCCUCCUUGUCAGCUUUGCUGCCGUCUCUGCAGAACCUCGCAGCUUUCAUGGGGAGAAAGUGUUUCGAGCAUUCCCCCAAAGUGCUGAAGAUGUGGAGUUUCUAAAAUCUAUUGCCCUUAAUACACAGCUUGAUUUCUGGAGGCCAGAGUCUGCAGAUAUUAUUCAAGUCGGACAGCCUGUCGAUUUCCAUACCGAAAGCCAUGUUUCCUAUGAUGUUCAGGCUCUCCUUGAACAGAGUGGAAUGCAUUUUGAAAUCAUGAUUGAUGAUUUGCAGGCAGCCCUUGAUAACCAACGUGAUAGCAAAAUCCGUGCUAUCCAUAGUUAUGAGAAGUACAACGACCUUGAUACGAUUAACACAUGGUCAGCUAACAUUGCCGCUCAGAACCCAGGCCUUGUGUCUCGCUCCGUACUUGGAACCUCCUACGAAGGCCGCCCUAUUUAUCUGCUUAAGGUGGGCAAAAGUGGAACAAACAAAAGAGCUGUGUUUAUUGACUGUGGGUUUCAUGCCAGAGAAUGGAUCACCCCUGCUUUCUGCCAGUGGUUUGUGAGGGAGGCUGUUAACUCUUAUGGAUCUGAUGCACAAUUCACCAAUCUCCUCAACAACUUGGACUUCUAUGUCCUGCCAGUUCUGAACGUUGAUGGCUACGUCUAUACCUGGACAUCUAACCGUAUGUGGAGAAAGACACGUUCAGUUAACAGGAAUAGCAGCUGCAUUGGUACCGAUCCAAACAGAAAUUUCAAUGCUGGAUGGUGCACUGUUGGCGCUUCUUCAAGAGCUUGUGAUGAUACAUAUUGUGGCUCUGCUCCUGAAUCCGAAAGCGAAACCAGGGCUCUUGCUAACUUCAUCCGUAGCAACAUUGGUUCCAUCAAGGGCUACUUGACAAUCCACUCCUAUUCCCAGAUGCUUCUGUUUCCUUACUCUUACACUUAUUCCCUUGCUAAGGAUCACACCGAGUUGAACACCGUUGCCAAGAAUGCUGUAACUCAGCUGACCUCUUUGUACGGAACCAAAUACACCUAUGGAGCCGGAGGCACAACCAUCUACCUUGCAGCUGGAGGAUCAGAUGACUGGGCUUACGAUGCAGGUGUGAAAUAUUCAUUCACAUUCGAGCUCCGUGACACCGGAAGAUACGGAUUUGCUCUCCCUGAAACUCUGAUCAGGCCUACAUGUGCCGAAACCUUGCUUGCGGUCAAAUCCAUUGCCAACCACAUUUUGAACAACGCAUAAGAACGUUUUUUUUUUAGUGGAAAGAAUCUUAUUAAUGUUAAACAAUGGUCAUUUUUAUUUAAGGUUUAAAAUUUAGUAAUUCUUGAAAACCUUGGAAUUCUGUAAUCAUUUCAGAAAUAAUUUAUGUAAAAUGACUUCAACAAUGAAAAAAAAAAACAAAUAUACGAUAAAGAAAUUGUUUUGAAUACAA